AUGUUGUUGAACACAGCCUCACCUCGGAAGUCUUUUAGCGUCCCCAUUAGCAUCAACCUGCAGGGUGCACGGAGGCGACAGACACGGGAGAUCCUCCACCCGUUGGCGGCGAGGGAGCAGGUGUGGUGGAGAGGAGGGUACGGGCGCGGAGGGGAGAGGGCCAAGGCCCAGGUAACGGCCUCCAGUGUGGGGGAGGACAGAGCCAUGCUCCUGGGCUUCACCAUGAUGGCCUUUUCUGUGCUCAUGUACUUUCUGAUUGGGAUCACUCUGGUUAAACCCCACCUAAACAGUGACUGGCAUGAGGAGGCCAGCUGCUUGCUGGUCCAGGUUGAUGUUCUGGAUGAGUGGGCCAACUGCAGAGGGGUCAGCACUGCCCCAUGCCUGAGGGUUCUGGUCAACCUCAGUACCUCUGGACAGAAGGCUCGCCUACACUACGAUGAAGAGUCUGUACUCCUCAACCUUGAGUGUUUCUACAUACCCAAAUGUCAAGUAGACAGGAAAGUCCUUGUGGAUGAAGUGCAGAAAAUCCAAAACACUUUGGAGGAGACACAAGGCAGUGAGUUGCGUUGUCUUUCCGACCCCAGAAAAUACCCAGAGGACACCAUUUUGAAGAGGAAGUACACGUUAGGCCUUGCCCUGUGGUCUCUGCUGUGGCCCAGCAUGAUACUGGGCGGGGGAGCUCUACUGGUGAGCCUGGUGAAGCUCAACCAGAGACUGGCACACCUCUGUAUGGAGCUGGGUAAUGAGGCAGCAAGGGGUAGGCUGACAACAAUGACAAAUACCCAAGGCAAACUCUAUCAGCCCCUUAGGUGGUCGGGCUCUGGACAGCACUCACCUAUGCAAGAUGACUCAGUGAAGUGAUAGCUGACAGUGGCUGUGUUCCAAUAUGCAACAAGUGUACUAUGUGUAUUGGAAUGUAUCCAGUGAAAGGACAUGGAGAUAACAUACUGUGUAGGUGAUCCCCACUGUACAGAAGGGAGUCUAUGGGUUGAUGUAGUAGGAAAUAAUUACGUUAUCCACUUUGUCCUGGAUUUUUUUUUAUUGAUAUGCACAAGGGCUGCAGGGAAUCCUACUGUAUGACUGAAUAGUAGUGGAGGCUGGUUCAUAGUAAUAAUGGCUGGAACUGAGCGAAUGGAAUACCAUUCCAGCCAUUACCACUAGCCCCUUGGCACCAACCACCUGUGCUGAAUAAGCUGACUUGAAGGUACCUUUUUCCUGGUCUGGUUAUUCAAAGCAGGUACUCUAAUCCACUAGCCGCAUUUCUGUUGACAAUGUAUCAAAUGCUGAAAUGAU